CAAAUAAGAUCGUUUGCAGUUCGCGGAACUCAUAUGAGUUUACACCCCGAAACAACCCAGACGUUUUUCUGAGACGAUUCUAGUGGUUCUCGGAAAUUCAUUCUUUCGUUUCGACAGAAGAGACUGGGAUUUCUGUUCAGGAAACAGUGUUAAGAUGAUGAACUUCUUCUCGAUCAUUGUCAUCCCAGCUGUCUACGCCACCUUCACAGCACCGACUAUCUACGUGAAGAAAACAAAUGAAGCAGAAUUCACAGCCAUCUCCGACAUGGAAUACGAGACAUGUCCAACAGUCCUCGAAAUACACAAUUUGAAAGAAAACUCAGACAUCUUAGACAUGGCAUUCUUAGAAGGGCUGUGUAAAAGCGUCAUCAACAUCCAGCGCAUCAGGAUAUCCGGAAAUUUCCAGGGUAUCGGAGAGGGACUCUUCGAUCACCUCCUCAAGCUGGAAAAUUUCCAGGCGACGGACAUGGACAGUCUCACUGAGCUCAGCAUCAGCAGUUCCAACCUGAAGCAUCUGGACUUCUCCAGGAAUCAUCUGGAGAAGGUUGACAUUGAGUUCAAGGACGAUUUGGUCCACUUGAACCUAUCCAGGAACUUCUUGGAAGUCCAAAAUCUGUACAUGAACACCAUGAGCCACCCUCUGAGCCUUCAGCUGAGGACUUUGGACCUUUCCUACAACAGGCUGACGAAGAUCGAUUUUUUCCUGUCGUUCUGGAACCUUCGCAACCUCCUUCUGAACAACAACAAGAUAGAGCACAUCAAACCUGGCAUGUUACAGAAGUACCCGAACCUUCUGGUUUUGAAUUUGGCGAGGAAUAAGAUACACGAGAUGGAAAAUGGCGUUUUUAUCGGUUUGACACAACUGGUGAAUCUGGAUAUCUCGCAUAAUAACCUCAACGACAUAAACGUUCAGAUUAUCAACUCUCUGAGGUCUCUGGAGGAGUUGAAUUUGGAAGGGAAUAUAAUCGACAAUUUCAAGUAUAACGAGCUGGAGCAUGAUAUGGAAAUACUCAAGAUAAACGAGAACGAUACUUACUUGCAUGGGAAGAAGAUUGAUGGUGAGAAAUUGGCAACUUUUAUCAACGUCACUAGGAAGAUUUUUGUUGAAGUUAUAUCAGAUUUGUUUCUACGAUCGAAAUCAGAGAAUAUUAAGUUGAUUUGCUACCCUACUAUGAAAUCCCCUACAAUUCUUCACAUAACAACCUUAAUGGUUGCAACAAUAGCCACAGAUUCGUUUGGGAAACGACACGAUUUUGAAUUCACUGCCAUCGGAGAAAGAGACUACCACCACUGCCCCACAGCCUUAGAGAUAGAGAACACCAAAACUGACGAAUUCCUGGACAUAGAAUACCUAGAUGGACUAUGCAAGAAUGUGGUAGGCGUUUUGAGGAUGAGAGUAUCAGGAAACUUCUAUGGGAUCGCUGAGUCACUCUUCAACAAGCUACCAAGGCUCGAAGAUUUCCAAGGCAACGAUAUGGUUAACCUCACAGACGUCACUAUAGGCACGUGGAACCUGAAAUUUUUGGAUUUAUCCAGGAACAACUUGGAAAAAGUCUCUAUCGAAUUCAUGGACGAACUCAUGAGCCUCAACUUAUCGAGAAACCAAUUGACGGAUGAUAACGUCAUGAUGACCAGUAUGAGACCACCUCUAUCCCUAAAACUAAGACUUCUGGACCUAUCCAACAACAAGCUCACCAAACUGGACACCCUGUACCCCUUCUGGAACCUCAAGAAGUUCAUUUUGAACGACAACCAGAUCACCAACAUCAAACCUGGCAUCUUGCAAAGGUACCCGAACUUGGUGACUCUGAAUCUAUCGAGAAAUAAACUGCUCAAUCUUCCUGACGGUAUGUUCACCGGCCUCAUCCAUCUGGUUAACCUGGAUUUGAGCUACAACCAGUUGUCGGAUGCCAAAACCAAGAUUAUCAAUUCAUUGAGGAGUUUGGAGUUCUUGGAUAUGAUCGGCAAUGAUAUCACGGAGUUCGAGUAUGAGGAGUUGGAUCACCAUCUGGAAGUUUUAAGGAUUAACGAGCAGCACACUUAUAUCCACGGGAAAAGAGUGGCUAUCAAUAAAGAACCGAAAAAGACCACAACAUCUACGGAAAUGAGUAGUCCUUCAUUCACUUAUAUGGAGUGAUUUCCUGGAAUAUUCUAGAUCAUUAUUUGUGUUCCGAAUAAAAUUUCUUGUCUGUAAAAGUGAACUGAAUACUAAUUUAUUCAUCGAAAAAUA